AUGGAUGUCCAGUGUCAUGUGAUCUGGCAGUGGAUUCUGGGAGUUGGAGUUAGAGUCCAAGUCUGUAAGAUCAGAGUGUUCUGCCGUAUAAGGCCUCAGACGCGGACGGAGCUAGCAAAGGGUGGAAGCUCCAUUGUGUCAUGUUUGGAUGACUACUCUGUCAUACUGGAGACUCCUCGAGGACCACGGGAGUUUCAGUUUGAUAGGAUCUUUACCACAGAGAGCAAUCAGGACGAGGUGUUUCAGGAGUCCAGCAGGCUCAUCCAAUCAGCUAUUGAUGGCUUCAACGUGUGCAUCUUUGCAUAUGGGCAGACUGGCUCUGGGAAAACCUUUACUAUGGUGGGGGACAGAGAGCAUAAAAACCCUGGAAUCAUACCUAGAACCUUCACUAGAGUCUUUGAAAUCAUCCAGGAGAACGAGAUGAAAUUCGAGUUCAAGGUUUCAGCCUCCAUGCUGGAACUAUAUAAUGACCGGCUACAGGACCUCUUUGUGAGCCCGGCUGAGGCAUUGUCCAAGCGGAUCGAAAUUAAGAAGGACAAAAAGGGGCUUGUGUUUGCCCAGGGAGCAGAGACAAAGGAGGCAACCAGUGCCGGAGAGCUCUUCGCCCUGUUCGAGCAAGGCUGCGCUAACCGCCGUAUAGCCGCCACCAAGAUGAACGUGGAGAGCUCUCGAUCUCACCUGAUAUUUAGCAUCAUGCUGGAGAGCCGUAACCUGACCAAUGGCAGCGUCAGUUUUGGGAAGCUCAACCUUGUCGAUCUGGCUGGUAGCGAGAGAGCAGCAAAGACAGGGGCAAGAGAUGACCAGCUCAAGGAAGCAAAUUCUAUCAACAAAUCCCUGAGUGCACUGGGUGAUGUGAUUUCGGCUCUGGCAAUGGAGCAAUCCCAUGUGCCCUACCGCAACAACAAGCUGACCCAGCUCAUGCAGGACUCGCUGGGGGGCAAUGCCAAAACUCUCAUGUUCCUCAACAUCUCCCCUUCUGACUGCAACCUGGACGAAACCCUUACCUCACUCAUAUAUGCCUCCCGAGUGAAGGCCAUCACCAACCAUGCACAAAGGAAUACAGAGAGCAAAGAAAUCACUCAGCUUAAAGAGGUCAUUUUGAAACUGAAGUCAGGACAACCUGUUGAAGAAGUAGACGUUUGAAUGAAAUCCACACAUAUUUUUGGACAUUUUCACCACUUUAUUAGACAGAUACACCUUGUGCUUUCACUCUCCGACCACUUUAUUAGUCUGUCUUAUAGGUCCAGUAUAUACAUAUGCAAUCACCAACUGCAGUCAGUCAGAUGCUACAUAUUUUAUGCAUUUUUUUGCCUCUUCAUAAUUGCUUAGUGUCUGAUCACACAGCUGCUGUUCCAGUCCAGAUAUUAUUUGGGUGGUGGAUUUUUCUCCAGUGAUACUGAUGUGGUAAUGUGUGUGGUACAAGGAGUGGUCAGAAACUGACCAUAGGUGAAAGACUAGAGGAUGACUGACAAACUGUGCACCAGUAGAUGAGCUAUAGUCUUAAAUUAUACACCAGCAAAGUAGAGCUACAAGGGAGGGAUUUCUGAUCAAGUGGCCAGUGAGUGGACUUGUUUGACUGCAAAUCCAGCGAAAAUCCAUAAAACUGUACUUUUGAUCAUGUCCAGGAUCCUCAACAGUAAAAAUCAUGAUGAACAGGUAUGGAUUUCUGCUGGGGCUUAUACUUGUUGCAGCAUUGAAAUCUAUUGAACUCUACAAAUUUUGAAAAUCAAGUGCUCAUGAAUCUUUAUAGUGCAUUUUAGAAGAGUCUCCUUUUACUACACUGCGCAAAAAAAUAAAGGGAACACUCAAGUAACA